AUGUAUGGAGAGACUGCCCUAAAAUUGAUCCGAGAUUGUCGCCGUAAUCCAGAUCAUCCGUCCCAAUACUCUGAAGACACUGUCCGAGCAGUAAUCACCGAAAUCAAACUCUUGGCCAACGAAACAAACCUCCUCGUAUCCGAAUACGUCCUCAACAAUGCCAGACCACCGCCUCCCGUAGCGGCCGCCGUAGCAAUGCACACUCUAGCCAUAAAGAGAUCAAAGAGAUGUCUUCUAGCAUACCAUCUACAUCGAAUCAAACUCGUCAAGGAAUUAGUCUGGACGGUGGGGAGCAUACCUGCAGACACGAGACAAAAGUGCUCGCCUACAGAGAUUGAAUUCUCGCAGGGGUAUAGGAAUGCUCUGAUGGCUUACAGAGCGGAAUUCUUGGAUAUAGAUUUGACGGCUGCGCCUGUGCCUCCUGGUGAUGUCUUCGUAGAGGUUAGAGUACUCAAGGAUUGUGGAGAGGUGCUGACAGAGUCGGGAACUAUACAGUUAGCUAAAGGUACCCAGCACUACGUAAGAAGGACGGAUGUGGAACAAUUCAUAACUCAGGGGUACUUGAAACACGUCGAGUAG